CGGCGUGCGUGUAGAGGGGAGGGCUCGCAUGUUUCACUACGUUGUCUCUUCUCCCAGAAAGGUUUCGGUGUGGGAAUUUCAAUUUUACAUUUCUGAGGCUGUCGGAGGCUCUUUAACCGGAGACCACAUCCUCAAAGUUUCGCCGAGCGCGUCCAGACUGAAUAAGUGUGCCGGCCGUGAUGACGACAGAGGUGGGAUCAGAGAGCGACGUGAAGAAGGAAGCGGAGAAGGCUCCUGAAGUCCAGCAGCAGACAGACCAGCCCGACAAACCCGACCCGGCCAGUGCCGAGCAGACACAGGAGGAGAGCCCGAGCGCCGAGGCCGAGAGCGGUCAGGAAGCGGCUGUGUCUCCGGAGCCCAGCAGUCCUCCUCCUGCUGCCGGCAGCCAGAAGAAAGAGAAGGGCAUCUCUCGCUUCCUGCCUCCAUGGCUUAAACGACAGAAAUCACAGAGCCAGGACAAGCCCGGCGAGAGCUCAGCGCCGCCCAAGCAGGAGAGCGUGGAGGCCGUGAAGGAGGAGCAGGAGGAGACGAGCCAGCCAAAAGAGGAGGCGGACGGAGGAGGCGCAGCGACCGCCAGCACAGAGCAGACAGAGGAGGUGAAGGAGGUGAGAGAGGAGAGCACAGCAGAGGAGGUGCAGCCGGAGGAGAAGGAGACAGAGGAGGAGAAGUCUAUCGGCAGUGCUGACACACAGCCUGUGAGAGAGGAGAAAGAGGGCGAAUCGGAGGUGAAGGAGAAGAAAGAGGAGGAGACGAAGGAGGAAGAGCAAGUGAUCCCGCACGAGGCGAGUGUGCUGUCAGCACUCAAAGUCAACAAGAAGAUGAAGAUGGUGGUGUGUCACGUGACCCUGCUGGAUGGCAGCCAGUUCUCCUGUGAGGUGGAGAAACGGGCGAAAGGCCAGUACCUGUUUUUUCAAGUCUGCGAGCAGCUGAAUCUGUUGGAGAAGGAUUACUUCGGCCUGAGCUUUAAAGACAACGCUGAGCAGAGGUGCUGGCUGGACCCCACCAAGGAAAUCAAGCGGCAGAUCCGCAACUCUCAGUGGCAGUUUGCGUUCAGUGUGAAGUUUUACCCUCCGGACCCGUCCCAGCUGACUGAGGACAUCACGAGGUAUCUGCUGUGCCUCCAGCUGAGGCAGGACAUCGCGUCGGGCCGGCUGCCGUGCUCCUUUGUCACACACGCUCUCCUGGGCUCCUACACCCUGCAGGCGGAGCUCGGGGACCACGACCCCGAGGAGCAUCGUCUGGACUGCAUCUCAGACUUCCAGUUCGCCCCAAACCAGACCAAGGAGCUGGAGGAGAAGGUGGUGGAGCUGCACAAGUCCCACAGGGGAAUGACUCCAGCCCAAUCAGAUGCCCAGUUUCUGGAAAAUGCCAAGAAGCUGUCCAUGUACGGUGUAGACCUGCAUCACGCCAAGGACUCUGAGGGAGUGGAUAUCAUGCUGGGAGUGUGUGCAAACGGUUUGUUAAUCUAUAAGGAUCGUCUGCGGAUAAACCGCUUUGCUUGGCCCAAAAUCCUCAAGAUCUCUUACAAACGCAGUAACUUCUACAUCAAGAUCAGGCCGGGAGAGGCCGAGCAGUUUGAGAGCACCGUCGGCUUCAAGCUGCCGAACCACCGGGCCGCCAAAAGAGUUUGGAAAGUCUGUGUUGAACACCACACCUUCUUCAGGUUGGUUUCUCCUGAACAGCCCACCAAGACCAAGUUCCUGACUCUGGGCUCUAAGUUCCGCUACAGCGGCAGAACGCAGGCGCAGACGCGACAGGCCAGCUCCCUCAUCGACCGGCCCACGCCCUACUUCCAGCGCACCUCCAGCAAACGCAUCUCUCGCAGUCUUGAUGGAGCUCCUGUGGUGAACGUGAGUGAUUACAGUCAAGCUGCAGGUGCUGGAGAAAAUGGCCCGGCUCUGGAGCUCAACUCCGACUCUAAGGACUUGGAUAAGACCCAGGAGGAUGUGUUGAAGCAUCAGGCUAGCAUUAGUGAGCUAAAGCGCAGUUUUAUGGAGGCUGCGCCUGAUCCCAGGCCCAGUCAGUGGGACAAGCGCCUGACGGGCAGCCCUGCCACCACCCUGCGCCUGCAGGCUCAAGGGAGUCUGGAAGAGGAGCUCACCUCUCUCUUUCUGAGUAAGGCGUGCUUCUCUGGGCUGGCUGGCUUCUGCAGUACCGCAGCUGCUCCAGCAGAGGUUCCACAGAAAACCCCUCCCUGUCCUGAGACGGACAUCAGAGACGCCAGCAAGAGCGCAGAGGUUAAACCCAAAGUCAACGGCCAGCCAGAGGCCAUAGAGGUCGUGGAAGAGACCGUUGUCAUCGAGGAAGUCAUCAAAGCCAAACCCAAAAGCCCCGCUCCUGAGGCGUCGGUUACCGCGGAGACAGAGUGCGCUGCGGAGGUCAAGGAGGAGAGGAGUUUAUCGUCAGACAGCGAGAGCGAAGAGGAGGCGGAGUACCAUGCUCAGCCACCAAGCACGAGCAUCUCCACCCAGCAGAUCAAAGAAGAGCCCGAGGAGGAACAGGAGGCGGUGUUUACUCAACAAGCCCCGCCCUCUGGGGUAGAGUCACAGCCAAUCACAGAAGCAGCUGAGCCCGGCCCUGCGGAGGAGGAAGAGAAAGCAGCGCAGCCUCAUGAGGAAGUACAGACGAGCCGCUGGCGACACCGGACGAAGCUCCCAACGGACAAGCCCUCCAAGCUGAAGCCCCGCCCACUCUCAGAGCUGCUGCUGCCGAGGAGGAGGAGCCUCACAUCGUCAACGGCAGCGCCUCUCGCGUCGAAACAGAGCACCUGCCACAGGUUAUUUGUUGUUCGGAGCCUCCUGUUGUGAAGACUGAGAUGGUUACGAUCUCAGACACGUUUGCUGCUCAGAAGACGGAGAUAUCCACUAAGGAGGUCCCCAUCGUUCACACGGAAACCA